GUCAGUGUUUCUUCGACCAUGCGGCAGCUCCACUACACGUUGGCAGUGAUCCUCGCGUCGCUAUUGGCUGGCAGUAGCGUCGCAGCGUCAAGCUGUCCAAAUUUCACAAAUGAGCUGCUGGAAGACACACUUAGUAAUGAAGCAAGGAAAAGAACGAUUGCGUCUUACGUGACUCUCUGUGACAAUGGACAGCAGCCGACCCCUGACACGGUACCAAUGGAGAGGGCUGCAACAGUAAUUAUCGACAUAUACAACUGCAGCGGGAAUUGCGACUACGCGUUGAUCGAUAUAAGGUGCAUCGACGGAAUUUGGAACGAAGAAAGCUUCAGCACAAGGCAGAGUAAUGGUCUGGGAUUCCGUAAUCUCUAUGGUUUAGCGCACUCAGGAGGCGUAUUGUAUAACACUUGCGCCGAUUGCAUCGACAUGACGACCCUCAUGAAUCGAGACUACCCCAGAAACCCUCCAGGAAAUUUGAAUUACAACGAGACAACACACUGUCUGGAGCUUCCCAUGUGCAAUAGAUCUGAUGGGUCUUUCCUCGGGUACUUCAGUGCUAGAGAGUGCUGUGUAGAUAUAGAGGAAAGUUCCUCUUACACCUACAGAGAAGAAACCUUCAUCUGCAUUGUCCACGGAUUUGUUAAGACACAGUACUCUGUGUUGGAAGGAGAUACAGUUGAUGUCAUUAUCAAAAGAAACGUCAAAAAUGAAACUCAAUUUCCACUCCUCACAAUCGAAGGCAGAAUUGUAACAGAAGAUAUAAACGCUGGUGACUUCAACCCAGUUUCUGUCACACUACUGCGGCGUGAAGAAUCAAAGACCAUCUCAGUGACAGCUAGAGAUGAUGAUGUAGCUUUAGAGGGUGGUGACAAAAUCAUUCUGAGGCACACAAGUGGUAUCAAUAACUAUGUGUAUGAAGUGGAACGAAGGGGGGAGUUUUUCCGCUACUUCACAGAAAUCAUCAUCAUUGACAAAAACGAAGUACUGCCAAUUCAUGUGGAGAGGUCAUGCACCGUGUUGGAGAACAACAAAACAGAUCAAAAUCUCACGGUUACAUGGCAGGAGAACCUGUCAAACCAGAAACCCAUCAUCCUGAAACUCACAGGGAGAAUUCUGGACAACUGUGGCGUCAAUCAGGAUCAUAUUGCAAGGCCAGGACAGGAUUUUGUCGAGGACACAGUAAACUUUGUAAUCCCAGAAAACAGAGUCGGACAGUAUGAUAUCAGCCUAUGCGACAUCAUUAUCAACGACGGCACCGUCGAACACAGGAUCCAAAGUUUUGAUCUGGAAGUAAAGGCUGCCACUGAAGGAGUUGUGUUUGACUCAGAGAAUUCUACUGAGACAGUGACUGAGGUGGCAAUAGAGUGCGCUGACGGUAGGCCAGCAGAGGUCAGUUUCCUCCCAGUGAAUGCCACAGGAGUGAGGAUCUCCUGGAGUGGCAGUGUCAACCUCCCCACCUGCGUCCACUACACCGUCUCUCUCUCCACCACCGGCAUCAUCAUGAACCAAUACAACAGGGUCUACCCACCCGGAACCACCUCCGAUGUCGUGGUCUUGGAUGAUGACAUCACCCUUACAGACGAAUAUGUGCACAAUUUCACCCUCCACUACAUCUCUCGGAAUGAUGAUGUCCCAGGAACUCCAACCAUUGCCUCCUUCAGUUUCGAUAAGAAGUACUUUCAGAUUCAGUUUGGACCAUUCCACUUUUGCCUGGAUUGGGGACUGGAAAAGACAGUUCGCAUUGAGAAGCAACUGCAGAGUUAUUUGAUUCAGAUCCUCCGUAAGGAUUGUGCCGAUUGCUAUGGAUUAACCCUGUCUUUCCUGAGACCAGGACUGUUUAUCUGCCACAGUAACCCCACCAAGACCACCUACCGCUCCACCCUCGUUAACCCUUUCCCCACCACAAACUCCACCCACCUGGUGGGCAUUAUUCAGAGUUGGGUGUCCACGGGUCCGUCCAUCGUUCUUGACGGUCUGCUGGUGAGGGUGAGUCCAUCCUGCCCCACCUCUAUCUCCAGUCUCGAUGAAGAAGAGUGUGAGACUGGUACCACAUAUGACCCGCAACUGGGGGACCAGAUUACUCAGACUCUCAAUGUUUGUGCCAUCAGGAAUCUUGGAGAACAAGUCUGCAGGCUUGGCGGUUGCUGAAAAACAACAGCUAGUAAUCUUGACCCUAUUGCUGUGGCAUCUGACUAAAGUGAUUCAGUGUGUUUAUGAUCAGUGCCAUUGUAGCUAACAAAGUCUCGUGAACCUUACCUUUUCUGUAGAUGUGUGCCUAGUUAGAAUAUCCCCCUAUAUUAUGGUUCAUUGCAUAUGUGCAGCAUCAGUUCCAUGAA